AUGACAAGCACUGAAGAUAUAUCACAAGAAAGAGCUGAAAACUCUAUCCAAGUUUCCAUGACAAAGAAGCCAACCUUCUAUGCCAGAAUUGGAAAACGAAUGUUCACAGGAAAUGAAGAAAAAAAUCCAUUUGAUGAAGUUAUUAUAACAGGUUUAGGCAGUGCCACAAAAAUUGCAAUUGGCGCAGCAUCUAUAAUGGAAAAGGAAGAUAUUGGCCAAAUCAUUAAAAUUCAAACAGCUUAUUUCAGUUCAGAUAGAAUUAAUAGAAGAAUACCAAAAAUAACAAUUGUUCUUAAAAAACACCCAGACUUUGUUGCUAAUUAA